ACUCUUUUGAUGGUUACCAGAAACCUGUCAUUUGUGUGCGGGUGUUUCAUCAUCUUUUCAGAAAAUUAGAAAGAUUUCCUACAAAAUCUCUCAAAUUUAAGCUUUUAUUUGCUGUAAAAAGUGUUCAUAGUGCUGAGACUAUUGGUAAUAGUUAAUGUGAUUUCAUUUGCAAAUCCAAAAAGAGUGCAAAAUGGAUAAGAAUGUUGAGGCUGUUGAGAAGAAAAAGAAAAGGAGAAGGCGCUACGGUAAAAACAGGCCGAAACCGUCUGUGAGUCAGGAAGAUCAAGUAGAACAAGUACCAAAAACUCCUCCGCCUGAAAAACCUGCUCCUGCUGCUCCAAUUGAAUCUCAAGUCACAAUGGAAAAGGAAAAGACAAGAGAAGAAAUUUUGCAGGAGCGAAAGAACAAAAAGUUAGAGAAGAAAACUAAAGUUCAACCGAAGGAGGUUCAACCUAAACUUGCCAAGCCGGAAGAGAAACCUGCAGAGAAAGAAUCACAGAAAGAAAAAGCCGAGGUAGAACAGAAACCGUCUCGAGAAGAUAUUCUUGCACAGAGAGAAGCUAAGAAGUUGGCUAAACAGAAUGCCAAGCAAAAAACAGCUAAGGCAGAACCUACAGAAGCACCUCCAGUUAUCCAAAAAUCUAACACAGAGACAGAAUUGGCACAGAAAUUGGAGCAACUGACAAUAAGUGAUCCCCCAAAAGCCAAAGCCACGACAAAGGCUGAACGAAGGGCACUUCAGGAAGCACAGAGAGCAGCUAAGGAGCAGAAAAUGAAGGAGAAAACUGCAAAGGAUAAACCUGCACCGACAAAAACACCUACAGUUAAAAAAGAAACCCUCAAAGUUUCACCAGCUACAAAGAAAUUCCCAAGAAGUGAUGGAGUAUCAACCAGUCAGAAGCACCGCGUGAAGCUAUUCAGUCAUUUAUAUCUGGAUCACUUUACACAUCCUCCAAAGGUCAGUGGUGACUUUGAGAUUCACCAAGCCAUUCGUACUUUGGGGGCUCAGUACUCAAAAAUGGAAAUUACUGGAGCUAAUGCAAGAUGCUUUGCCCUGUUGACAAUCAUGAAAAUCGUAAUCAAAAAAUUCAAGACACCUCCUGAGAAGGAGUUCUCCAGGUGCCUAGAAACUUAUGUAGGUCAUAUUAUGGAAUAUCUGGAGCAGUGUCGUCCAAUGGCUGUGUCCAUGACCAAUGCUAUGAAAUAUCUCAAAUGGCAAAUAACUCAAUUACCAACUGACAUUGUGCACACUCCGGAUCCAGAUAGCGAAGAGGAAGACGAUCCUCAUAUUGAGCUGAAAAUGAUUCUGUUCAGUAUCAUUGAUACUUACAUCAAGGAUCAGUUAGAUAAAGCGGAUUUGGCCAUAACAUGGGCAGUUCAGGAGAAAAUUGCAGAUGGAGAUGUAAUCCUGACUUUUGGAGGUUCAUCUCUCGUGAAGCAAAUUCUCGAAGAAGCUCACAAUCGUAGAAAAAACUUCCGGGUAAUUGUAGCUGAUGCUGGUCCACUUCAUGAGGGACGCGAUAUGAUGCGUAAACUCACAGAUCUGGGCAUUGAUUGCACCUGUGUCCUCAUUACAGCAGUCACUUUUAUUAUGCAGGACGUAACGAAGGUAUUGCUGGGUGCCAAUUCCCUUCUGGCCAAUGGAUAUGUCAUGUCUCGAGCUGGUACUGCCCAAAUAGCUCUUGUGGCUAAAUCACACAAUGUUCCUGUGCUCGUUUGCUGUGAAACUCACAAAUUCAGCGAACGCGUGCAGACAGAUGCAUUUGUGUACAAUGAAAUUGGAUCACCGGAUGAUCUUGUGCCACGAGAGACAGAAUUCGGAAAGAGUAGUCUGCACAAUUGGCGAGCUAAUCCCUAUCUUACUCCCCUUCAUCUCUACUACGAUAUCACUCCGCCCGAAUUGGUGACUGCAGUUAUCACGGAAAUUGCAAUUCUUCCAUGCACUAGUGUCCCGGUCAUCUUGAGGAUCAAGCCCACGGAGAUUGGAUAUUGAAAGAAUUUUACUGAUUUAUUUGAAGAAUAAAAGUGGAUUUAAAUUUA